CAAACAGAGCGUAGGGUUUUGCUUCUCUCUUGUGGUGGCAGUCUCUGCGUGCGCUAUCGGAGAGAGUAGUCAAAGUCCGCCAUGCCUACCGUCAGCGUGGGACGGGAUCGUCUGUAUGCAGCACUAGGAAGAACUUACACUCAGGAAGAGUUUGAAGAAGUAUGCUUCAGCUUCGGCAUCGAGCUGGACGACGUCACAACUGAGAAAGCAAUUAUUAGAAAAGAAAAGCAUUUGGACGCUGAAGUUGAGGAAGAUGAAGAAGUUAUUUACAAGAUCGAAGUUCCCGCGAAUAGAUAUGAUUUACUUUGCCUUGAAGGGCUUGCUCAAGCCCUCCGUGUUUUCAGUAGGGAAGAGGAGAUUCCUACAUAUAAGUUGGUGAACAUUAGUAAGGAGUCAAUGAUUAAAAUGCAUGUAAAACCAGAGACAUCUUCAAUUCGCCCUCAUGUUGUCUGUGCUGUUUUAAGAGGCGUAACCUUCACUGAAGCAAGUUAUAACAGCUUUAUUGAUCUCCAAGACAAGCUUCAUCAAAAUAUCUGCCGGCGAAGAACCCUAGUUGCCAUUGGGACUCAUGACUUGGAUACAUUACAAGCCCCUUUCACAUAUGAGGCUUUGCCACCUUCAAGUAUAAAUUUUGUGCCUCUGAAACAGGUGAAGAGCUUUAGAGCUGAUGAGCUCAUUGAAUUUUACAGAUCAGAUUUGAAACUGAAGAAGUUUGUGCACAUAAUAGAGAACUCACCGGUGUUUCCUGUUUUAUAUGAUCACAACAGAAUUGUUUUGUCUUUACCCCCCAUUAUUAAUGGUGCACAUUCAGCAAUCAAUUUGAAGACAAAGAAUGUUUUCAUAGAAUGUACAGCUACUGAUUUGACAAAGGCCAAGAUUGUUCUGAACACAAUAGUGACAGCAUUUUCAGCGUAUUGUGAAAGAAAGUUUGAGAUUGAACCUGUUGAAGUGAUAUAUUCAGAUGGAAAGUCAUAUGUCUAUCCUGAUUUAUCAAUCUACAACAUGGAUGUUUCCCUAUCAUACGUUAACGGUACAAUUGGAGUCUCUUUGGAAGCAGAAGAGGUUACUGAUUUGUUGAAUCGGAUGCAAUUGCGUGCUGAGCAGUCUGUAUCAAGCGAUAUCACAGUAUUUGUACCUCCAACCAGAAGCGACAUUCUUCAUCCUUGUGAUGUCAUGGAGGAUGUUGCAAUUGCAUAUGGAUAUAAUAAUAUCCCAAAGCGAAGUCCUGCAUCUUUGAAGCCACUAGCCUUGAAUGAGCUCACUGACCAUAUUAAAUUAGAGAUUGCAAUGACUGGGUUUACAGAGGUGUUGACGUUUAUAUUGGGGUCGUGGAGAGAAAAUUUUGCCAUGUUAAAUCGUAAAGAUGAUAAAUCGAAGGCAGUGGUUGUUGGAAAUCCUCGUUCAUCUGAUUUUGAACUUGUCCGAACCAGUUUGAUGCCUGGCGUAUUGAAAACUGUUGGUCACAACAAAGAUCAUCCAAAGCCCAUAAAGAUUUUCGAAGUGGGUGAUGUAGCACUAUUGGAUGAGAGGAAAGAUGUUGGUGCGAGAAAUCAACGCCAACUAGCAGCUCUUUUCUGUGGUGCUAGCUCUGGGUUUGAGUUGAUUCAUGGCUUGGUGGACAGAGUUAUGGAAGCGAUUGGUGCUGCUUUUGUUCCUAUCGGUGACCAUACUGGGUACUUCAUACAACCUUCGGAUGAACCUGAGUUUCUUCCGGGUAGGCAAGCAAGCAUCAUCUAUAAAGGGAAGCACAUUGGAACUUUUGGCAUUGUGCACCCUGAGGUGUUAAACAACUUCGACAUUCCUGAUCCGUGCUCGUUUGUAGAACUUAACGUUGAGAGUUUGUUGUAGUGCCUAUUCUAACAACAAAUGUAAGAUUUGUAUCCAAGGGUCAUGGCUGACUAAUUGCUGUAAAAGAGAUAGAACCAUUGUAUCUACGGAAUUCAAAUUGUCAUUUUUGUGCUUUUCAUUUGGACCUUUUGUUUAUAUUGAGUUGUUAAGCUACUGUUUAGGAGGGGGGAGAGGGUAGGAGGGGGGAGAGGGUAGGCUUUGAAUGGUUGGACUUUACAGGCCCAAAUCCAUCAUGAUGUCAAUUCCCCUCGAUUUGUGUAAUAUUUAAAAACACAAGGCCAAGCUUGCCACCAGUGCAGAGGGAAUGCCAUUCCAAUCCCUCAACGGCAGUUUCCGUCUAUGAGACCUAAAUUAUUGUAGAGAAAUCCAUGCGGCUCGUGACGGGAUUUAGCAUUUGGGACUGCAGUUAGUAUUGGCUCGGUGAACCGCGAAACUAGAAUAAUCUCUUAUUCUUUUGGAUCAACAAUUCAUCCAUCACUGAAGUUGAAGUUGCUGGGGCACUCUAUGUAGGAUCUGCACGUGAAUUUUAUUGGUGUUUAGUGUUCUACCAAAAUCAAAGGCGCAGAUUUAGAACUCUUCUGUGUUAAUAAUUGUUGUCAAUUACAAAAUGUAUUAUCCCUGCCGAAAUAUGUAUGAUAUAUUAAUAAUUAGGAUCAGUCCACAAUUAGUAAAUCAACAAAGCACGUGAGAAAUAAGCAUUGGGAUGUGACUCAAAAUGGUGUCAAUAGAAUUGCCAAUCUCACGUCGAUAUAUAACAAAACAUUUUGACAUGUUAUUUGUUUGUUGAAAAGGUAGCUAAAUAAUACAAAGGGCUACUGACUACUAUAUAUAUCAAUGUCUCUUUGA